CCAAGCCAGACGUUCACCGUCACCACCGCGCCCCCCGCCCCCGCCUCCGCCCCCAUCGCGAGUGGCACAACUGCCGUGCCGUGGCCGCCCGCGGACGAGCACCUCUGGCUGACCUUCCCCCCAUUCCCGCAGGCGCCCCCGGGCGUGACCCUCAUCCCAUUCAGCGCGUUCAAGCCCGCGGGCGUGCUCCAGGCGGCGGACGGCGAGCAGGAGCGCGACGCGCUGGGGAUCCCGACCGUCGGCCUGCGCGUGCACCACGACCUGACCGCGAUGGAGAAGCGCAAGCGCAAGAAGACGCGCACGGACGCGAGCGGCGCGGUGCGCCGCGUGCUCUGGUUUGAGGACUGGGCGGACGGCGAGGAGCUGCGGAGGAGCGCGGGCGUCGUCGACCCGUCUCUGCCGCGCAUUGACCGCCUGCACCAGGCGGCGUACGACUUCAAACAUGGACGGCCUCUGGCCUCGAACCAAGAAAUUAACCAGCUGUGGGACCGAUGGCGCCUGUACAUCGGGCUCAUCAGUGGAAUGCAGCCCCCCGCGACGCGCAAGAAGAACUCUGCGAUGCGCGACGCCUUCGCUGCUAUGGCGGAAGCCCCAGGGGACGACGAUGACGAUGACGACGAAGAGAUGCCGGCCACCCGCCCCCCGAAGGAAGCGAGCGUCCUCGUCUCCAACGACGAGGACGCCCCUCGCCCUCCUCUUCCGCCCAGCCAGCCAAGGCCUGGGGUGACGGAGGAGCAGAAGCAGCAGCGCCGCGAGUACUACCGCGAGGUGCGGGACCAGAAGAUGGACCGCUUCCUAAACGACCCCGAGAAAGCAGUCAAGAUCUUCCUCUCGGGCUACUACCGCGACCGCGGCCUCAGCUUCUCGGAAAAGUCCUGCAGGGACGGCCCGAUCCUACUCGCCUUCUUCCUUAACUUCCUCCUGCGCAACCGUGUGUUCCCCGAGGCGGACAAGAAGCUGCGCAAGGCGGUCGCCGCCGCCGAGCUCGCGCAGAAGGAGCUCCCGCACUCCUUUAUCAUCAGCCGCGGGAUCCCCGACGCCUUCAGCCGCGGCUGCGAGCACCUCUUCGGCACCAUGGUCGACCACAGCGGCUGGAAGACGGCCGCGGGCGAGGACGCUGACGCUGACGCAGAGAGUGGGGACGACGGCGCCCCGGGGGCGAAGCGCCAGAAGACGGACACGCCCGCUGAGGCUGCGGUCCUUCAGGAGGCCCUGGGCCCCGCCGAUAUUGAGGUAGUCACGGCCGACACGAUGCGCGAGAUGGAGGAGGCCGCAAAGGAAGCUGGGAUCGACGCCCCCGCGUGGGGCGCGCCCGAUGCUGCUGCCGCCGCCGAUCCCGCAGCUGAGGGACAGACGUGGGGCGACGCGAACGCGGCUUGGGGCGCACCCGACGAGCCGCUGGUGUGGGACACGACCCCGAAGGCGAACUCGCUGCACGAGUAUCUGGGUGCGACCGCGCUCCCGCUCACGCAUACGACGGGCAUCGUCGAACGCUCGACGCGCCGCGUCAAGGCUGUCAUCCCGCCCCGCGCACAGCAAAAGAAGAGCGCGAAGAAGGGCGCGAACGGACAGGUUCCUGAAGGACCUACUCCUGAGGGGGUCGAGCGCGACCUCGAGGCGCGCCUUGCGCAGGUCGUGCUCGCGCCGUGGGAGGAGUGGGACGCGUAUGACAAGGCGGACGUCACGAAGCCCGCCAUCCUCGUGCAGUCGCGCGGACCCGUCGUCCGGGAGCUGGAUGGAGAACCUGAGCCUGCUCCGACCGCGGAGGGCGCACCCCCGCCGCACAAUCCGUUCAAGAAGGAGAUCACGCUCCUCGCCGACCCGGCUGUGGCAGAGACGCUGUGGGUGGGUACGGGCGUGCAGGCGACGUGGGUGCAGCUCGCGCGUACGGACCCGAGCGUGCACGUCCAGGUGGGUGGGCUUGGAGAGCCCGUCGCGCCGACGAAGUUCUGGUAUAUGGAACAAGUGCUCGCGGUGCUGCCGACCUUCCACACGGAGAUGGUCCCGCUGCCGACGACGCAGGAUGUGUUUGGCGAAGAGGCUUGAGAGUUGCUGUGCCGGGAUCGGUGAGAUGCUCUUCUCGAUUGAAUGGUUGGAAGUCAUCAUCUAUGCUCUGUAACUCAAUGUACCAUAGUGUUGCAUAUAUUGCUCGAAUCACAGUGACUCUUGGAUCC